AUGCCCGGCGCGCCUAAUUCUCAUGCGCAAGCUGUCUACGCCUCUUGGGCACGUCUCAGACACCUGAAGGAGUCAAAACAACCCAUCGAGGUAUCAGGCUCCAGCUUGACCAUUGCCGAUGCUAUAGCAGUCUCGCUGCAUGGCGCAAAGGCCCAUCUCUCAGACGACACCCGACAGGUUGAUCGCAGCAUCGCAUUACUCGAAGAGCGCAUACAGGCAGGCGACGUUAUCUACGGCGUAAACACUGGCUUUGGCGGUAGCGCCGACACUCGGACCGAUGCAGGAAGCGAGCCCCUGAUGCGCCUACAAGGCGCAUUAGUUCAGCACCUUAACGUUGGAAUUCUUACACAUGCCGACAAGGGCCGCGAUGGGAGCAACUCCUGGGCAGGAAAGCCUUACGACAACGAGCUUCUUCGCAGCCAUGCUCUCCCGAAUCCCGUGGUCCGAGCCACCAUGCUUAUACGCUGUAACUCCCUGAUGAGAGGCCAUUCUGGUGUUCGACCGCUGAUCAUGGAAAACAUUAUGAAGCUUCUGAACAGAGACAUGGUCCCUAUCAUUCCGCUUCGGGGAAGCAUUUCGGCCUCGGGUGACCUAUCGACUCUCUCGUACAUUGCCGGCGCUCUCGAGGGAAAUACAGACAUUUACCUCAAAACCAGGAAGCCAGGCAAUAGGACGGAGAUCUUGCCGGCCGACAAAGCUCUGUCCCUUUCUGGCCUGGAACCCGUGCGUUUUCAAGUCAAGGAAGGACUCGGCAUCACCAACGGCACCGCACCCUCCUGCGCCACCGCCUCCAUUGCCAUCCAGGAAGCCAACCAGCUGGCCGUUCUUGUCCAGCUUCUAACGGCUAUGGGUACCGAAGCCCUGGCCGGCACAGCGGCAAACUACCAUCCUUUCAUCUCCUCCGUCCGGCCGCACCCCGGUCAAGCAGAAGCAGCAUCCAACAUCCUAGCCUUUCUCGCCGGGUCCAAAAUCGCCGCACCCUGCGAAGCGAAUCCCGAAUCUGAAGGCGAACCGGCUAAGGUCCGAGGCCUUGCUCAGGACCGCUACGCUCUUAGGACCGCACCGCAAUGGAUCGGACCACAGCUCGAGGACCUGGACCUUGCUACGAAGCAGGUACAGACAGAACUCAACUCGACCACAGACAACCCGCUGAUCGACCCUACGUCCGGACUCAUCCACCACGGCGGUAACUUCCAGGCUAUGGCGCUUACCUCGGCCAUGGAGAAGACCUUACUGGCGCUGCAGAACCUGGGCCGCUUGCUCUACGCGCAAAGCUCGGAGCUGCUCAACAACAUGACGAACAAGGGCCUGCCGCCUAACCUGUCGGCGGAUGAGCCAAGCCAGAGCUACACGUGCAAGGGCUUCGACGUCAACAUGGCCGCGUACAUGGCCGAGCUGGCGUACCUGGCUAAGCCGGUCAGCCCGCAUGUACAGGUAGCGGAAAUGAACAACCAAAGUGUCAAUUCGAUGGCGUUAGUUGCGGCUCGUUAUGCACUGGAAGCGGUCGAAGUUGUUAGUUUGAUGGCGGCGACUUACAUAUACGUGCUCUGCCAGGCGCUAGACCUGAGAGUGCUGCAGUUGAAGUUCCGAGAGGCCCUAUCGGUGCGUUUGCGAGAUCUGGUUCUCUCCGAUGUUGCCAGGCAGAAGAGUCCGAAGUCCAAAGAGGAAGAGCACAAUGGCUUGUGCGAAGAUGACAUCACGAAGAGCCAAAGGCUUGCCAGCAAGCUUGCAGAGUGUAUCCGUGACCAAUGGGACAAGCUAGCCUCCCUGGAUGUAGCAGAGCGAGCGUCCGUGGCAACUAAACAGUCAGCCUUGGACGCCCUUGAGCUUCUUCACUGUGGGACGGAGUACGAUCGUAGAACCUGGGGCCUCAGCGAUUUGCAAGCCUACCACUUGAAGACCGCUCGAGUGGUGGCAGAUUGUUAUGGUGAAAACCGAAAUACCUUGCUCAAAGGCAGGCAGGACACUCGACGGUGGCUCAGCGGUGGCUCUACAGUCGUCUACGAGUUUGUCAGGAAGGAGUUGAAGAUUCCACUGAAUAGGGGCGUGGCUGACCAUCCGCCGCUUCUAAAGGAGGAGUUGACGAGACUAAAGGAGGCGAUCCGCAGCGAGGCAGGAACAAGAGCCAAGGAGAUAGAGGAGGGUAAUGACUUACGGUCAAGAAACAGGAUUCUUGGAAGCAUGGCGUCGGAGAUUUAUGAGGCGAUUUGCAGUGGGGAGUUGCAUUCACGGAUUAUGGCGUUUGGAAGGGAUAGCAAGAUGUGGGGAGAGGCCUCGUCUUCGUAG